AUGGACGAUGAUCCUCCUUCUCCUACUGGCGAUGGUCACAGGCCUAUCCACGAGCCCAUCAUCAUUGCCUUUGACAACAGCGGCGACGGCCUGCUCCGCGUGCCCGGGUUUAGCGCUAUCCCUCUGCAUUAUGAGCUCCCGUCCGACGCGCGCUUUGCCCACGGCAUUGAAGAGUGGCGUCAGGCACCCGCCGUCACGGCACGUGAGCUGGCCAUGACUACAGCAAUGAACCGUGUGACUGAUCUCCCGAACUGGCAUGUCGACAUCUUCAACGAUGCGGUCGUGGCGUGCUGGCGGCAAAACAGUACCACCUCCAUCACGAUGAAUCCCCUGCUGAGUGACCGGGCUUGGGCCUGGUGCGUGCGGGAACUGCGCGAUAAGGCCACCGAAUAUCGUCAGAAGAGACAUAUCCAGGUGCUGGACACUGGGUCCUGCGUUUGCAAGUCUGAUCAUGUUCCUGCGCUUCGAACGGGGGAGCUGGCUGGUGAGUUCCAACGUGCGGUGCUACCGGUGCUCCGGACCCUCAUGCAAUCCGGGUUGUUGGAUUGGCGGUCUAAGUGUAGAUUAAGUAUCAUCGACCCGAACUUGUUUCCGCUGGUCCAUGGGCGGAGCUUGGUUUUGACUGAUGGGGUUCGAGUGGAGGUAGAGAAUGUGCUGGGCGCGUAUCAAGGAGCAACAACCCUUGCGCCGACUCAUAUUGACAAGAGAACAGAUUCGGCAGAUGUCCAAAGACGGAUUGAGAAGUCGCGGCAGCUUUUGUUGGGGGUGCAUGCCGACUCUAAAACAGCACCUCACUAUCGAUGGAGCGCGAAUUACCAGGCUCUGCCGUGUGAAGUGGAGUUUGUUGGGGAUGCAGGGUCGACGAAGAUGCGCCUCACCUCAUAUAUCAACAAUCUGCACCCGAUGCACCAGGACCUCUAUCGUUCAAUCGAAGGGCUGGUGGGCCGGGCGGUCCCGUUGUGGAACGAUUGUCUGGUGCAGGGACAGCGCGGCUGGAGCGAUAUCCUGAAUCAAGGCCAGCUGGGGCCGGUGCCGCUACGGAUUAUUACGUAUGGAGUAGAAUGGGAGAAUGAGCUUCCCGAAUGGCUGCUCGCCUUCCGGGUUCCAGCAAAGGCGCGGAAAGGGAUGUACCGUAGAGCCCGAGAAGCACUCUUUAAUAGUUCGGGAGACAACACGGAUGAGGGCCGUAAAAGGCACCGAAAGGCACAAGAACAGCUGGAAUGCCUUACAGACGUGGAGGGGAACGAAGACAAGGAGUUGCCGCCCCCAGAUUCAAACCUCUGGCAACGCGCAAAGGAGUAUCUCGAGCUCCCAGAGGAUGGAUCGGCUACUCCCGUUCCUGCCCCGGAGGACUGGCAGCAAUACACCUGGGAUAAAAUCGAACGCAAGGUCAAGCGGCUGCUGCGCGUCCGCCACCCAGAGCCAGGGACCGCGUUUUCUUAUGAAGAGUGGAAGACGGGGCGCCACAAUGAGAGAGCUGUGGUUGAUCUCGUCCGCGAGCGGAAGGAUUGGGGCAAAAUUCCCUACAAGCCAGUCACGCCUCCCCACAAACCCUAUACUAUUCGGCUCCAGGACACUUUCCGUUCGCAAGGACUGCAAAUAAUUGUAAACAUGGAGAACAUCGAGCUCACCCCUGACAGCCAGGACUACAGAGGAACGGACUGGCACAUGGAAGGCCAGCUCAAUGAGCAUGUGGUAGCUGUCGCCAUCUUUGCAUACGAUAUCAAUAAUAUCACCAAACCCCAGAUUUCUUUCCGUCAGAAUACCAAGCUAGAUGAAAGCUUUUAUCGAUAUAGGGAGGAUGAAGAGCAAGAGCAAAGGCGGCAUCCCAGAUUGCAGCCGGCCCGGAGAUAUGGGAAACACGGCUACUCAGAUCUGAAUGAAGUAGCGGAGAUCCUGGGAUAUGAUGGCUGGGACCUCGAUACUGAUAACCAUGCAGUGAGAUCAUGGCAGAAUAAAGGUGCAGUUUCGGUCUCGCAAGGGCGUUUGAUCGCAUUUCCCAACCUCCUAGAGCACCGCGCUGAGCCCUUCUCCCUGGCUGAUCCGAGCCGUCCGGGGCAUUAUCGUUCCAUCACGUUGUAUCUGGUUGACCCUCACUAUCGCGUCUGCUCCACCCGCAAUGUGCCCCCGCAGCAGCACCAUUGGUGGGCACAAGCGGUAGAUGAGGACCUGAGCACCGCUGGACUACCCCAAGAGAUAAUUGAUGAGAUCAUGCAAAAUACAGACAACUGGCCUAUGGGGUUGCCGGAAGCCCGGCGGCACCGCAACGCGUUUUUGAAAGAGCAUCGCUGGAACAACUUAGUCAGGAUUAAUAGGAUGGAUUAUCCACACUUCAAUUAUUGA